CGAACGAUUAGUCCAAAACAUGUAUACGAGGUGAUCAUUCCUAACAAAAAAUGUUGGUAACCGCUGCGCUGUUGGUGCUCUUCUUGGGUAUCGUCUCGACGGAUAUACUAUUGAACAAAUCGAGGAGGGUGAGGGCUCUACCCUACAACUGUGUCGAAGCAGUGCGCGCCGCUGGUUCAGAGGCCAAAAGUGGCAUCUACCAAAUACGCUUACCGUUAGAUGGUUGGGCGCACCGACCCUUCUACGUUCACUGUCUACUCGAUCGCAACGGUGGUGACCCUUGGUUGUUGAUACAGCGUAGACAGGACGGAGGAAUUACAUUUCAUCGCAAGUGGAAUGAUUACAAAACUGGCUUCGGAAAUAUAGAAGGAAGUUUCUGGAUUGGUUUUGACAUACUGCAUGCGAUCACACAGGUGCAAAUUAAUGAGCUACAAAUCGAGCUGCAUGAUUUCAACGAUACCGUUAAGUAUGCCUACUACGAAAGCUUCGCUGUGGGUGAUGAGAACGAAAAAUAUGCAUUGAAUAUGUUGGGAAACUAUUCUGGGAGUGCAGGCGAUGGCUUGCUCUACUAUAACAGUGGCCAAAAGUUUACUACUAUCGAUCGGGAUAACGACGGUAAUUAUUGGAAUUGUGCGGCGAAGUAUAAAGGGGCUUGGUGGUACGACGACUGUCACCACAGUUGCCUAUUUGGCGAGUACCUUAAUAACAAUAACAAAGCAGAAGGUAAAGGCAUCCUUUGGAGUACAUGGCACGGGGUCUAUUAUUCAUUGAAGUACACGCAUAUGGCCAUAAGACCCAGAGAUACUGUGGAAGUUCGGAUACAUGGUUGUAGGAAGAAGAUAAAUGAGGUACAUGAACGUAGGAGGAGAAGAAGUGGGUCAAAACAAGGUGGGAAUAAAAAAGACGGACAGAGAUCUGAAAAGGGGAAAGACGUACAGAGACCUGAAAAGAGGAAAGACGGAAAGAGAAGUGACAACAGGAAAAAUAAGUCAAAAAAAUGUGAGGCUCACAAUUGUAAGAAGAGGAUAGAGGCAAAGAGAUGUAAAACGAAGUUAAAGGGUCGGAAAUGUAAGAAGAAGAUAAAUAAGGCAAAGAGAUGUAAAAAGAAGAUAGGACGGAAAUGUAAGAAGAGGAUAAAUAAGGCAAAGAGAUGUAAGAAGAAAUUAGAGGCAGAGAGGUGUAAGAAAACGAUAAAAAGGGCAAAGAAAUGUGGGAAAAAGUUGAAGGCAAAGAGAUGUAAAAAGAAGUUAAAGGGAUGGAAAUGUAAGAAGAGGAUAAAUAAGACAAAGCGAUGUAAAACGAAGUUAAAGGGACGGAAAUGUAAGAAGAAGAUGAAUAAGACAAAAAGAUGUAAAACGAGGAUAAAUAAGGCAAAGAGAUGUAAAAAGAAGUUAAAGGGAUGGAAAUGUAAGAAGAAGAUGAAUAAGACAAAGCGAUGUAAAACGAAGUUAAAGGGACGGAAAUGUAAGAAGAAAAUGAAUAAGACAAAGAGAUGUAAAACGAGGAUAAAUAAGGCAAAGAGAUGUAAAAAGAAGUUAAAGGGAUGGAAAUGUAAGAAGAAGAUGAAUAAGACAAAGCGAUGUAAAACGAAGUUAAAGGGACGGAAAUGUAAGAAGAAAAUGAAUAAGACAAAGAGAUGUAAAACGAGGAUAAAUAAGGCAAAGAGAUGUAAAAAGAAGUUAAAGGGAUGGAAAUGUAAGAAGAGGAUAACUAAGACAAAGCGAUGUAAAACGAAGUUAAAGGGACGGAAAUAUAAGAAGAAGAUGAAUAAGACAAAAAGAUGUAAAACGAGGAUAAAUAAGGCAAAGAGAUGUAAAAAGAAGUUAAAGGGAUGGAAAUGUAAGAAGAAGAUGAAUAAGACAAAGCGAUGUAAAACGAAGUUAAAGGGACGGAAAUGUAAGAAGAAAAUGAAUAAGACAAAGAGAUGUAAAACGAGGAUAAAUAAGGCAAAGAAAUGUAAAAAGAAGUUAAAGGGAUGGAAAUGUAAGAAGAGGAUAACUAAGAUAAAGCGGUGUAAAACAAAGUUAAAGGGACGGAAAUAUAAGAAGAAGAUGAAUAAGACAAAGAGAUGUAAAACGAGGAUAAAUAAGGCAAAGAGAUGUAAAAAGAAGUUAAAGGGAUGGAAAUGUAAGAAGAAGAUGAAUAAGACAAAGCGAUGUAAAACGAAGUUAAAGGGACGGAAAUGUAAGAAGAAAAUGAAUAAGACAAAGAGAUGUAAAACGAGGAUAAAUAAGGCAAAGAAAUGUAAAAAGAAGUUAAAGGGAUGGAAAUGUAAGAAGAGGAUAACUAAGAUAAAGCGGUGUAAAACGAAGUUAAAGGGACGGAAAUAUAAGAAGAAGAUGAAUAAGACAAAGAGAUGUAAAACGAGGAUAACUAAGACAAAGCGAUGUAAAACGAAGUUAAAGGGACGGAAAUAUAAGAAGAAGAUGAAUAAGACAAAAAGAUGUAAAACGAGGAUAAAUAAGGCAAAGAGAUGUAAAAAGAAGUUAAAGGGAUCGAAAUGUAAGAAGAAGAUGAAUAAGACAAAGCGAUGUAAAACGAAGUUAAAGGGACGGAAAUGUAAGAAGAAAAUGAAUAAGACAAAGAGAUGUAAAACGAGGAUAAAUAAGGCAAAGAGAUGUAAAAAGAAGUUAAAGGGAUGGAAAUGUAAGAAGAGGAUAACUAAGACAAAGCGAUGUAAAACGAAGUUAAAGGGACGGAAAUGUAAGAAGAAGAUGAAUAAGACAAAAAGAUGUAAAACGAGGAUAAAUAAGGCAAAGAGAUGUAAAAAGAAGUUAAAGGGAUGGAAAUGUAAGAAGAAGAUGAAUAAGACAAAGCGAUGUAAAACGAAGUUAAAGGGACGGAAAUGUAAGAAGAAAAUGAAUAAGACAAAGAGAUGUAAAACGAGGAUAAAUAAGGCAAAGAAAUGUAAAAAGAAGUUAAAGGGAUGGAAAUGUAAGAAGAGAAUAACUAAGAUAAAGCGGUGUAAAACGAAGUUAAAGGGACGGAAAUAUAAGAAGAAGAUGAAUAAGACAAAGAGAUGUAAAACGAGGAUAAAUAAGGCAAAGAGAUGUAAAAAGAAGUUAAAGGGAUGGAAAUGUAAGAAGAGGAUAACUAAAACAAAGCGAUGUAAAAAGAAAUUAAAGGGACGGAAAUGUAAAAAGAAGAUGAAUAAGACAAAGAGAUGUAAAACGAGGAUAAAUAAGGCAAAGAGAUGUAAAAAGAAGUUAAAGGGAUGGAAAUGUAAGAAGAGGAUAACUAAGACAAAGCGAUGUAAAAAGAAGUUAAAGGGAUGGAAAUGUAAGAAGAGGAUAAAUUAAAUUGACGGAAAUGUAAGAAGAAGAUGAAUAAGGCAGAGAGAUGUAUAAAGAAGGUAAAGGGACGGAAAUGUAAGAAGAAGAUGAAUAAGACAAAGAGAUGUAAAACGAGGAUAAGUAAGGCAAAGAGAUGUAAAAAGAAGUUAAAGGGAUGGAAAUGUAAGAAGAGGAUAACUAAGACUAAGCGAUGUAAAAAGAACUUAAAGGGAUGGAAAUGUAAGAAGAGGAUAAAUUAAAUUGACGGAAAUGUAAGAAGAAGAUGAAUAAGGCAGAGAGAUGUAUAAAGAAGGUAAAGGGACGGAAAUGUAAGAAGAGCAUAAAUAAGGCAAAGAGAUGUAAGAAGAAGUUAGUGGCAGAGAGGUGUAAGGAAAAGAUAAAAGGGGCAAAGAUAUGUGGGAAGAAGUUGAAGGCAAAGAGAUGUAAAAAGAAGUUAAAAGGACGGAAAUGUGAGAAUAAGUUAAAGGGAAAGAGAUGUAAGAAGAAGUUAGAGGCAGAGAGGUUGAAAAAGAAGUUAAAGGGAUGGAAAUGUAAGAAGAGUUAUCCUGACACACAGAUUGAAGAUGUACCAUAUAUAAUAUUGUACCCUUUAUAAAGGAGAUAAAUGAA